AUGUUUUAUCCAAAAGUGGCAAUGUUCUUGCAUAUUUUGUGUAUUGACGGUAAAAAAUGGUAUUCUGUGAAAGAUAUCAGUGAGUUUCAAGAUCCCAAUCAAAUGAGAUCUCGUGUGAGAUUUGAACAUAAUAAAACAAAACACUAUGUACCAGUUGUUACAGAGAAGUGGCAAAAUAAAGAAGUGGAAUACGAUUACUCUUUUCCAGAUGAACGGGAGUUUAAGCCAUCCGAUCCAUGGCAGAUAUCGUAUUUAAUGAAAAGUCGUCAAUCCAAACCAAAAGAUGUAGGAGACAAAGAAUUAAAACAUAAAUCGCUAGAACUGAAGAAUAAUGUUGUAAAUACUAAUAUUGUUCAUAUAAAUAGACAAAAACGGCCGUUGCGGAGACGAUGUCCCCAAAUGAGAAAACCGAAACAUUUGAAUUCUGUGGCGGGAAGAUUUUUAGAAGUAUUCCAGGUGGUAGAAUUUGAUCACGUUUCUUGCUCCUCAAACACUGGAUUGGAGGGCACCUGUUUACAUGAAUAUGAUUGUGAGAAGACAGGUGGAACGUCUAUGGGAGCGUGUGCUGAUGGGUACGGAACAUGUUGCGUAACCCUUUUUGGUUGCGAAGGCCGGUCUUCAGCAGCGGUCGGAUGGUUUAAUAAUCCAGGGUACCCGACACCCAGUGCAGACAGGCUCUCAUGCACAUUUACAUUGGAUAAAUUCUCCGCCGGCAUUACGCAAAUAAGACUGGACUUCAUCCAUUUCGAACUUUUACCACCAACCUCUGGUAUUUGCGAAUUGGACCAAUUUCAAGUGUUGGGACACAGUGUCAACACCGUCAUUCCAAUUCUGUGCGGAAUCAAUUCAGGACAUCAUGUGUACAUUGAAAUUUUGGAUGGUCCAUUAAUCUUGUCGGUGCAGACUGUUACAGCGGAAAACAGGAUAUUUUCCAUCAAGGUGACCCAAUUAACACCGUCCGACGAGCUAGCUGCCCCCACAGGAUGUAUGCAAUUCUUCAAGGAAGAUCACGGUCAUAUAGAAUCGUUCAAUUAUCGUGAGAGAUCCGAAAUUGGAAUCACAAGGAUACCAAGUUAUUUGAAUAAUCUCAACUAUGCCAUGUGCAUAAAGAGAGCAACAGCUUCUUGCAGCAUCACAUAUACAAACGUCGGGGAAAUGCAAAUAGUGAAUUAUGAUACCGAAGGUUUGCCUGUAAUACCGCCUCAGCAAGCCGGUGUUGAGAUUCUCAAUUGCCCUAGCGAUUGGUUAUUAAUCGCUGCCUUGAGGCUUUGCGGAGAACGGCUCAAUGACGGCUCAGUUAUCCAGGAUUUUGCCUUAGACGCUCCAGUUACAGAUGAUGGAGCAGGGCCGAUAGUUGUCUGGUUUAGAUCAGACGGAGUUUAUGCAGGGCGUGGGUUUCGAUUUUACUACCAACAAAACCCAUGUACCACUUAA